UAUUUGAUAAAGCUAAUAGUACGCAACACACUCCCAAAUACUAGUUACAUAUAUAUCUCAGAGAAAAAGCAAUCAGUUGAUGUCCAGGUGCGCUAUCUAAGUUUGAACUCAAAUGUGCGGAUGGCUGACAAUCAGGUGAGCGAUAUUGGAAGUCACGUCCAUCUGCAUGCUAAAGGUCUGUCCAUUCCGUUCGCAGCGUUCUUUAUCGUCGGAGAGAUUGCUGGAUCGGGAGUUUUAGCCCUCCCCAAAGCUAUAGAUGACUCGGGCUGGAUCGGUCUCAUCUUGCUUGUGGUAUACACACUCAUUUCAUCAUAUACCGGGGGUAUCCUAGGAGAGUCAUGGCUCAUUAUACUGGAGAAACACCCGGAGUAUAAAACUCAUUGCCCGGACCCUUACCCAACACUUGCUGAAAAGACUUUCGGGAAGAAAGGAAGAUACCUGGUCUCAUUCUCGAUUAAUUUCACCCUGUUCGGAGGGUCCACUGUGUUUCUGCUCUUGGCGUCGCAGAACAUCGAGCACCUAAUUGAGGACUGGUUUGACGUAAACGAAUCCUUUUGCAUCUGGCUCGUCAUCCUCGCAGCUGUCGUCUGCCCCCUCACGUGGUUUGGCACGCCGGUGGACUUCUGGCCAGUUGCUGUAGGAGCAACAUGCACCACUGGUGUGGCGUGUAUCAUACUUAUCAUCAAGGUUGCGAUGGACGCGGGAAGCUACAGUACGGUGCUUCACUCCAGCACAGAGUUUCAGCCAUUUUCCAUGGCAUUUGGAACACUGAUGUUUGCCAUCGGAGGCCACCCUGCAUUUCCUACAAUCCAAGCGGACAUGAAGAAACCCGGUAACUUCAAAUGGGCUGUGUUGCUAGGCUUUACGGUUGUUCUGUUCAUGUAUCUUCCUCUAACAUCCCUUGCGUACUUUGUCUACGGCAAGAACGUCCAACCAAACAUUCUCCAGAUGUCAACUGGCGUCAUCAACCAAGUGGUGGAGGUGUUGAUAACUAUCCACCUACUAAUGGCGCUUCUGAUCGUCAUUAAUCCUGUUUGCCAGGAGCUUGAAUCACUAGUCAAGGUUCCAAAACAUUUUACUUGGAAGCGAUGUAUGUUUAGAUCUAUGGUCGUAGCCAGCGUUCUUUUCGUGGCAGAAACAAUCCCAAAAUUUAACGACAUAUUAUCUCUGGUGGGUGGAUCCACCGUGACAUUGUUGGCGUAUAUAUGUCCACCACUGUUCUACCUAAAGCUAAAGUCUGUCACAAGUCAUGAAGCCAUGCUUAUGAACGACGGAAAUGUGGAAGUUGUUAGCCUUUCUGGGGAAACUGGUGGACUUCCGCUGUGGGUAAAAGUGAUGAACAUUGAAAUAAUCCUGUUGGGUGCUGUGCCCGGUAUCAUCUCUACAUACUCCGCCCUGAAGUCCAUUAUUGGCAGUGACUUCUCCAAGCCCUGUUAUGUGUGACGAUUAACGCAUUUAAUAUAAAGUUCUGUAUAUCUAAUUAUGGUCAAAUGAGAUCAUGCAGGGACAUUAGCAAUACCCAUAUAUCAUUCAGUCGAACACACUUAUUGUUAAUCUGUGAUAAUUAAAACAAUCAAAUAAUA